UGAAGUACAGACAGAGUAACAGAGUGAAGGGUUUAAGGAAAAGCUGAAAUCCCUAGAUCCGUUGAAGCAGCUUCAGGAAAGGGGACGACAGAAAUUCGUCUGGAGUCGCCCGCGACAUAAUCUUUGUUCUAGUUAAUCCUUUGAAGAAGAUGAGUGGUGAAGAAGAAUCCGUAGAGCAAGCAUCAGCCGCUCGUCAAGAGAGGCUUAAAGCGUUGAGAGCUGCUCGGGAACUUCUUAGCACUCCAGAAGGAAAUAGGUCUGAUGAUACUGAUGCAAACAACCAUGAACAAGAAGAAGAAGAAGAUUCUGUCAACAUGAAAUUUCGUAAUUACCUUCCUCACGACAAAGAACUUCAGGAGGGUAAACUUGCUCCACCGUCGCUACCCAAAUUUGAAGACCCUGUUGUCGAAUUGCCUGUAGUUGUGGAGAAGAAGGAGGAUCCUUUUGUGAAUAUUGCUCCAAAAAAACCAAACUGGGACCUUCGAAGAGAUGCACAGAAAAAGAUUGAUCAGAUUGAAAAACGAACACAAAAAGCUAUACUCCAACUUAUAGUACAACAAGAGAAGGAGAAGCUACUGGCUAUAGAAGAUGGGGAAAAUGAUAAUUAGGUAUUUCUAGUUUCAUGGGAAAAAAAACUGCAGGAAUCGCCGAAAAUGUGCGUUAGAAUUGGUGUGUUUUGUUUUUGCGAAAUCUGUGAGGCAGAAUGUAGUUGUGUUGAAUGCUUUAUUUUUGCAAUAAUCUGUUUGAUAUAUUUGACAAAAAUCUAAAUAUAUUGUCUGAUUGGUUCU